ACAGGGCGAAGAGGAAACUUCCAUUUACCACCUGCAUCCAAGAACCAGCCAAGAAGAAAGAAGCAGGCCGAGGAAUACAAGCUACAACAAUGGAAACAGCUGGAGAAACAGUGCAAAGUGUAUUUCAAGGACACUGGGGCAAAGUUCCGAAUAUAUCCAGGUACCCUGAAGACCAGCAAGGUGCUACCUUCACUGAACACAAACUUCAUGAAAUUCCUCUUGAAGGCGAAUGCUCUGUGAGUCCAGGGAGGCAGACUUUCAGAUAUCAGUGCAAGCUCACGGAAGACAGAAUGCAGUGCAGCAGCUCAGGACAGAAGGGAUCCAGGCAAUCUCAAGGCCAGAGAGGUGCUUCUUUGGCUCAACACAAAUUCCAUGACAUUCCCUUCAGAGAUUGCACCAUGAGUUCAGGGCAGCAGAGUACCAGAAACCAGUGCAAUCAGACGGAAAGUUCCAGUCAACAAAGUGGCAUGCAGAGUGGCAGCCAUAUGAAGCAACCACAAAACCAGGACCCCCAAGAUGGUGGCUCUUCAGAGCAAGGUAGCAGAAGACAACAAAACAGACAAUCUCAGGAAAACCCAAGAGGGAACACACAGAGUUGCUCCUCAGGGAGCUCCAAUACAAAGGGCAACAAACCACAGGACAUUUCCAGCAAAUCCCAAGGCUCGGAUAGUGUAAACCCCUAUGCUGGUCUAGUGGAUUGCUUACGUGCUACCUGGAUGUCGGGAAAGACGCGUCCAAAGGAAUUUCGGGUCACACAACUAGAAGCCCUGUGCCACUUUCUGGAGGAAAGACAGGCCGAUAUCCAGCAUGCCCUGUGUGAGGACCUACACAAGCCCUGCUUUGAAACUGAGCUCACGGAGAUUUUGUUGGUCAGAAAUGAACUGGCCAACGCUCUUAACAACUUAAGCUACUGGAUGAAGGAUGAAAAAGUGAACAAGACCCUAUUGACACAGCUGGAUUGUGCCUUCAUUCAGAAGGAGCCAUUGGGUGUGGUGCUGAUCAUUGGAGCCUUUAACUUCCCUAUCCAGCUUACUUUGUUGCCCCUUGUGGGAGCCAUUGCAGCUGGGAAUUGUGUGGUUCUGAAGCCCUCAGAGGUGAGCAGCUGCACUGAAAGGCUCCUUGCAGAAGCGUUGCCUUGUUACCUGGAUUCGCAAACCUUUGCUGUGGUGACAGCUGGUCCUGAAGAAACAGGAAAGUUACUGGAAAAUAAGUUUGAUUAUAUCUUCUAUACAGGGAGUGUCCGUGUAGGAAAGAUCAUCAUGACCGCUGCAGCAAAACAUGUAACACCAUUGACUCUAGAACUGGGGGGGAAAAGUCCUUGUUAUGUGGAUAGGUGCUGCAAUUUCCAGAAUGCAGCCAACCGAAUUGUAUGGGGAAAAUUCCUCAAUGCUGGACAGACAUGCAUCGCACCAGAUUAUGUGAUCUGUACAGUUGAAACACAGGAGAGGUUGAUGCCUUGCUUGCGCCAAGCUAUCUGUGAAUUCUUUGGAAAUGAACCCAAACAGUCAGCUGAUUUUGGCCGCAUGGUCAAUGACAGGCAUUUCAAGAGAGCCCAAGCUUUCCUGGAAUGUGGCCGGGUGGCCAUUGGUGGAGAGAUCGAUGAGUGUGAGCGUUAUAUUGCUCCAACAGUGUUGGCAGAUGUGAAGGAAUGGGAGCCAAUCAUGCAGGAGGAAGUUCUUGCGCCCAUCCUGCCAAUAUUCACUGUGAACGAUAUGGAGGAGGCCAUACACUUCAUCAAUUGCAGAGAUCGCCCACUAGCUGUGUAUGCCUUUUCCUGUGAUAACAAGGUUGUGAACGAGGUACUCGAUCGCACUAGCAGUGGUGGCUUUUGCGGUAAUGAUACCAUGUUGCACGCAACAUUGGUUACCCUACCAUUUGGCGGCAUUGGAUGCAGUGGAUUUGGCAAGUACCAUGGCAAAUUUACUUUCGACACAUUUACUCACUUCCGUGGCUGUCUCUUGCGCUACAUAGGCCUGGAAACAAUCAACAAAAUGCGCUACCCACCAUACAACGAUAAUAAUUUGAGAAUGACGGUUGCCUCUAUGGAGGUCAGGCGUAGCAUGUGCACUUUGUUGUAAGGCAUUAAAGCACAUCACCUGUGUUCUUAAGGAACAUCUACCAACAAUUUUUCUGUAGAGUUGAGAGAUUUUUUUCCUUCAUCAGCUGGUCCUAGAAUUUUGCCUCAUCACUUUCAAAGAUCCUUGAAAAAC